UGUCAAUACACGUUAUUCGUUUCGACAACACCUUUUGUUAUUAAAUGGCCAUGACACAUUAGGAAAAUUAUUUUUGUGAACUGUUGACUGGAUGCGGAAGUAAACUGUGAUUUAACCUAUUCUAUCAGUUGAAUGAACAGAUCUGUUAUACAGAACGGUUUAAACUACAUUCAAUAAGAGGAAGGCAAACAAUGGAUACCAUUUGUCUGCUGCAGCUUUUUAUUUUGUUAUUCUUGACAUUCAAUGUACAUGGUAACAGAACUUUCCCGAUUGGAGAUCCAAGAGCAUGUGAUAUCGAGACAAAGCCACAAUAUAUAUUUGAGGUUCUACCAGGUCUAGGAUGGGAUAAUCUCGUCAACGAAAACAGAGGAGUUGUUGUUAAUUUCAACUACUCUAAAUGCAAAACAACCGAGGACCGACGUUAUUUGAUUCCAGAUGGAGUUGUUACAAUACCAAUCAAAACGAGUCGGAUGAAUGUUUUCUCGAAGAUGUACGAUCAUUGGUCGCAGUAUGAAACUGACACGUCUUUUUCUAUUAAUACGGGUGGAUCUGCGUCAUUCAAAGGCAUUGGGAUUUCCGCCAGUUUUUCGUCUGAGUUUGAACAUGUUAAAUCACACCAGAUUGAGGACAAAUCGCUAACAACAAAAGUCCAAGCACGGUAUGUGCGUUACACGGCGAAGGUUUUACCCGAUGCGCAACUAGAUCCGUCGUUUCGCUCCCGCUUGCUCAAAAUAGCAAGUCACAUACAACACAACCGGAAGUCGUCAGCACGCUACGAAAGCGAGCUACUCGUUCGAGAUUUCGGAACUCAUGUUCUCACUUCUAUAGACGCUGGAGCAUCUAUUGUCAAAGUAGAUCAGGUUAAAUCCUCAUUAUUACAAGACAAAACAAUGAAUAAGUUCACAAUAUCAUUAGCCGCUAGCGUUUCUAUUUUAAGCCUUAUCAGCGUUCACAAUUCAGAGAAAUUUUCUAUCACUAAGACUGAAAUUGAAAAGUACAUGAAACAGUUAACGGAUUCUGACAUCAGGACAUAUGGAGGACCAGCACUCAACCCUGAAAACUUCACGCUAGGAAAGUGGGCCUCAGAAAUUGACAACGAUCUGGUUCCUGUAGACAGAAAUGGGUUCCCACUCGAUCAUUUCAUAACAACAACUGCACUUCCUGAAUUAUCCGAAAGUCUUGUACAAGAGCUAACACAAAGUAUUAGGACUGCCAUUAUGACGUAUUAUAAGCACAACACAUAUCCCGGAUGUACAAACAUUGAUGCACCUAACUUUAGUUAUAUUGCCAAUGUUGAGGACGGUACAUGUCACGCCCCAUUAACAAACUUAAGUUUUGGGGGAGUGUUCCAAACGUGCAAGUUUGAAGGCAAGCUUAUAAACAACGAGGACCUUUGUGCAAAACUAAGAACAAAAAAUCCCAAAACACAAGAUUACAGCUGUCAAAGCGGAUACGAACAAACACUUUUACACACUAGCGAAACCUCAAAAUCUCAGCACACUCAUUCAUGUCAUAGUUGUUGGAUUUUCUUCACAUGCUGCCAUGAUCAUUCAUACCACGGCACAGCAAAAUAUACCAGCUAUUGGUGUCAGGCUCCUAAAAAUGCAAUGGUUCCUCAGGAUAGCGGAUACUUAUUUGGUGGUCUGUACUCUGAUAAAACCAACAAUUUCGUUACACAAUCUCAAUCGUGUCCGCAAUACUAUUUACCAUUGACGAUUACCGCUAACAUUCAUGUCUGUGUUAGCGAUGAUUACGAACUGGGGUCGAAGUCAGCCGUUCCCUUCGGAGGAUUUUACAGUUGCUCGAACGGUAAUCCGAUGGCUUCAGCUAAACAGGUUUUAAAAGCUUGUCACCACGGAUACAGCAAUCAUUUAGCAACCAUUGACAACGACUGCGAAAUAAUGUAUUGUGCUCAAACAGGUGCUUUAUCAGAGUUAAAAUUCCCUCGCGUACAACUUCCUCCUUUUACAGGGAUUCCAGCAGAAAGCAUUGAAACUCCCGCAAAUUAUAUCAUAUCACAUGACGGACAGUCUUGGAUGCAACUGAUCGACCCUGCUACCAAAACUUCUGAACCAGAAGAAAACAAAUGGACAACAUUGCAAUCUGCUCACGUAGAAAUGCGUUCUCUGCUGAAAACAUUUGAAAAUAAUCACGUUAAAUAUACUGCGGACGAAGGAAUGUCGAAAGGAGCUGUUGCAGGAUUAUCAGUCGGUCUGACAACAGCAGUAUGUUUGGUCGUAGGAGUUUUCAUCAUCAUAAGACGAAAUCGUCAACAAACUGUUACAGCUGAAUAUAGAUCUAUCCAUUAACAUUUCGUUUUACUUGAGUUGUUGAAUUUUGCAUGACAAAUGCGAUUUGUGAAUUGUUUAAAAAAAAUAUUUUCCCUGAAGAUACAAUGCAUUUAACUCUGACAGGUUUUUUUUACACAUAUGCAUAAUUCUGAGAUCAUAUAAUUUGUAUAUAUUUUAUCGUGUGUUCUUUGACUGUCAAUCUGUUAACGUUUUGAGUAUAUAUUUUAUAAAUAAAUUUGAAAAAAAAAUCAUGCAUAGUGUAAAAAAUAUAACAAAAACCGAACUCCAAAGUAAAUGGGAAAGAGGACGUCAAUCCAAACUGACAAAAUCUAAUAUUUUUUUUUGUAAUUUGUUUGUUUAUUUUUGACAUAAAGACAGACUACAUCAAGCUUGAUAACACAUGUACAGUUUCAAGUAUGAUCUUUAAGAUAUUUCCUUUAAAGUCUAUUCUAUUACAUCAUCUCUAAAUAGAAAACAUAAAAAAUGAUAUAACUGUAAUUUCUGAACCAGUUAUGCAAUAUUUAAAUCACCUAGGACAGAUCGUAAUGGCAAACAUUUUUAAUAUAUAUUUUUUUAAGUAGGGGAUACGUUAUUGUUAAUAACCGUAUGUUGUUCUAUUCUUAUACAAUACUUUAAAUAUUCAGUACUACGUUUCACAGAAGGUUUUUCUGCUGAAUGUUUACAGCUAUAUAAAUAUAAUAUUUUAAAAUCAA